AUGGAUGCGGUUGCGGUUGCGGUUACAGAUGUGAACGAGGGUGCAGCCUUUAAUGCCAACCAGCCUCGAUGGUCACCAAUGCCUCCGUUAAAGCUUUUACAACUUGUGGUCCAACCUCAACUUUCCCAGUUCUCGAUUCGUCAAAAGGUGUUAAAAUAA